AUGAGGACAAGGAGAAGAGUCCUGAUAGAAAAGAACGCCACAAGAAGCACCAGCAUAAGAACUCAAAGCAUCAUAAGAAUUCGUCAUUCCGAAGAUGUUGAUGAAGGAGAAGAAGAAGAAAGAAGAACCUCUAAUAAAGGCAAAAGCUCAAAAUAUGAUGACCAUGUAAAGAAAGCAGCUCUAAGUUCAGAAGAAUUACAUGAAAGGGAUAUUCGAGGAAAGAAGAAUUCUGACAAGGACUUGAAGUACAAAGAGCCACUACCUAAUGAUUCUAGACAAAGUGAAGAUAAAUAUGGAACCAAGAGGAUUUAUGACAAGUCAAAACAUGAGGAAUAUUAUUCAGAAGGCCGGAAGGAUUCUGAAUCUGCUAGAAAGGGAAGGGAAGACAGAAGGUUUUCUCAUGCAAGCCGUUACAAGUCUCCUGACGUGGCACCACAGGAUGAAUCACACAAGAAGCGUCGGAAUAUUCCCCCCAAACUUUCUGAUGAAGAGAGAGCUUUGAGGUUACGAGAGAUGCAAAUGGAUGCUGAGCUGCAUAAGGAACAAAGAUGUAAACGACUAAAGAAGGCUGAGGAAGAUGAUGCGCAGGAGGCUAGCCGAGCACGCGUGUCUAGUGGCAGAAAUUUCUUGGAUGCUGCUCAUAAAAGCGUGUACGGUGCUGAGAAAGGGGGAAGCUCCACAAUAGAGGAAAGCGUCCGUCGGAAAUUUUAUUCGCAGGGCAGGUCAGGAGCGGGCGACAACAAUGCUUUCCGGCGAUAA